GCCAAACCAAGCACUGCCAUGUGUGAAUUGCUCGCAGCCUUUCGUGGAGCGGCUCCACACCCGCACCGGCCGACGUUUUCGGAUGGCGCCCCAUGGAGUCGACGAUGGAGCCCGGGUCGGAGUCGACCGAGGAUUUUUCUGGAUACCUCCUGGCUCAAGAAGUCCUUUGCGGAUUCCUCGUUCUCAGUCUCGUGGCCGUGUGUGCUGGGCUCCUUUAUCAAGCGCUCGCCUUGAGUCGGCUGCUGCGCAGAGAACGACAUGUGCGGCAAUUUGCGCCUCGAGCGGGAUUGGGUAUGCCGGAAGCUGAUUUGCAGCGGCUGCUUUCUCAUCCAGCUCCUUGUGGCCCUGGAGGAGAGGGCCACAAUGAAUGCUGCGUGUGUCUUCAAGAGAUUGCUCCCAGCUCACCGUCCUUGCAGUUGCCUUGUUGUUCCCAGCUUUAUCAUCAUCACUGCAUCCUCCAGUGGCUCUCAGUGGUGGCGCGCUGCCCCAUGUGCCGUCAGCCGGUGCGGCCGUCAACCAUGACCGUGCCGAUGGAGGAGCACUUGCUGGAGGGCAGAAGCUGAUGUAUCUAAGCCAAAGCUGUAGAUGAUGGGACUGUCCAGCCGAAGCACUCCCUUACUGCGACGUGCGUUGCGCAGUUCUGGGUGUCCAGCCGUCCUGGACAACCACAACUGAUGGAACAGCUGGUGGCGGAGGAUCUGGAACCGCCCUUGGCGCACCUGCAACCAUCUCCCAAAUGGAACGACUCAACGACUGGAAGGAGCCUCCAGGGGCCCAGUCGGAGCUUGUGUGGGCUGAGCCAGUUCGUCCGCCCAGGAGGUCUUGAAGCUUCACCGAUGUGGAGUGAGGAAGGCCUCUGACUUGGCCAAGUCAGAAGUUGUUUCCAAAACAACCGGAGGGUUGGGACACCGGAGGUUUGGCAGUGAGAGAGAGAGAGAGAGA